AUGAGUCCAAUGGUGUUAACUGAUGAGAACGGAAAGAAAUGUCGAGGUGUAGUGGAGAUACCGCUCUGUAGAGGAUAUUGUAAGACCUCUGAGAGUGGCACAUACACAUUUCCAUACCGAGUUCAAAACAGUUCCGCUUGUGCCCUGAUCGUCACUGGUACUCAGGUUGGUCUUCAAAGCUUUCUAUCAUUGAGUUUACUACAACAAGAUAAGGAUCGAGUUCAGGUGAUUCCACUGACAGACUGUGACGACGGUGUUAGCGAAAAGAUUAAAUCGGUUUCGCUACCAACUGGUCAGAAAUGCGGUUGUAAGAGAUUCCCGUUUGAUUGA